AAACCUUCAAGCCAGGCUGCCUGAAAUUGGUGUGUGUGUAUGUGUUGCUUCAUAGAAUCAUAGAGUUGGAAGAGACCGCAAGGGCCAUCCAGUCCAACCCCCUGCCAUGCAGGAAAUCUAAAUCAAAGCAUCCCCGACAGAUGGCUCCUCUCGGUUGUCUGAGUUGUGGUUCAUCUCCAUGGAUCUGACUAGAGUUUCUCCCUCUACAGGCUCCUCUUCUGUACUUUACUCUUUUUUUGUGGUGCAUGGAUUUUGCAUCCCUAAAGGCCUACGAAUGCACAAGACUGUCCUGAGAUAUAUGGCUGUCUGAGGUAAAAGAUAAGAUAUCCCCUGCUCCAAUCCAUGUACAUAUAUUGACCAGACCUGCAGUUAAAUCUUACUUCAACUGUGGUGACAGGACACAGUAAACCACCACACCUGAUGGGACCAGGCUAGCUCAGGGGACAAAUUGCAAGGGUUUCAUCCGUGUGUUUCCGCCUGAGAAUGCUCGCUGUUUGCCAAUCCUGAAAGAGGCACAAUGGGGCUCACCUCCUAACUCGGUUUAAUAGCCCCCUCCGAAAUCCCAAAUCCCAAUCCACAUCUGUCGUGGCGACCGCGGAGUGUCGCCUCUGGGGGCGGAGCCCACCUCGGUCUCUCUUUAUUGGGUCUGGAUGGAAUUGCGGUGAAUGGAACAGAAGCCCAGCACGGUGGAGUGCCUGUCGGAGCCAGAGGACACCCGGUGGCCGGAUGGGAAACGUAAAAGAAAAAGCAGCCAAUGUUCGGUAAAAAGCAAUAUGUCAGGGUACAUCCCUAGCUACUUGGACAAAGAUGAGCAGUGUGUUGUAUGUGGAGACAAAGCCACGGGGUACCACUAUCGGUGUAUUACCUGUGAAGGCUGCAAGGGCUUUUUCCGACGGACCAUCCAGAAGAACCUGCACCCAACUUACUCCUGCAAGUAUGAUGGCUCCUGCGUCAUCGACAAGAUCACCCGCAACCAGUGCCAGCUUUGCCGAUUCAAGAAGUGCAUUGCUGUUGGCAUGGCCAUGGACUUGGUACUGGAUGACUCCAAGAGGGUAGCCAAGCGGAAGCUGAUUGAAGAGAACCGGGAGAGGCGGCGCAAAGAAGAGAUGAUUAAAUCCCUUCAGCAUCGACCAGAGCCAACUGCAGAGGAGUGGGAGCUGAUCCACAUUGCCACAGAGGCACACCGCAGUACCAACGCCCAAGGCAGCCACUGGAAACAGAAGCGGAAAUUCCUGCCCGAAGACAUUGGUCAGUCACCAAUGGCCUCCAUGCCUGAUGGGGACAAAGUCGACUUGGAGGCAUUCAGUGAGUUUACAAAGAUUAUCACCCCAGCCAUCACACGUGUGGUGGAUUUUGCCAAAAAACUGCCCAUGUUUUCAGAGCUGCCUUGUGAGGACCAGAUCAUCCUUUUGAAGGGCUGCUGCAUGGAGAUCAUGUCACUGCGGGCAGCUGUGCGCUACGACCCUGAAAGUGAGACACUGACACUAAGUGGUGAGAUGGCUGUCAAGCGGGAGCAGCUGAAGAAUGGCGGUUUGGGUGUAGUGUCUGAUGCCAUCUUUGAUCUGGGCAAGUCUCUCUCUGCCUUCAACCUGGAUGACACUGAAGUGGCGCUGCUCCAAGCUGUGCUGCUCAUGUCCUCAGACCGCAGUGGGCUGAUCUGCGUUGACAAGAUUGAAAAAUGCCAAGAGACCUACCUGCUGGCAUUUGAACACUACAUCAACUAUCGCAAACACAACAUUCCCCACUUCUGGCCCAAGCUCCUCAUGAAGGUGACCGACCUGCGCAUGAUUGGGGCUUGCCACGCCAGCCGCUUCCUGCACAUGAAGGUGGAAUGCCCCACGGAGCUCUUUCCCCCACUCUUCCUCGAGGUCUUCGAGGAUCAGGAAGUCUAGGGUGUGGGGAGGGAGGAGGCAAACAGGGGUGUGGGAGAGUUGGGGACAUGGGGCAAUUUGGAACUGGGGCGAUGUCUGGACUUGGGCCACAGUGCCCCCACCUCAUCACCUCGGACAUAACAGAUUUUAUUUCUUUUUUUGUUGUUCUGUUUUGUUGUUUUCAUUUUUCUUUUCUUUUUUGUUUUUGUUUUGUUUUUCUAAAUAUUGCACGUCAGCAUCAGUGAAUCACGUGGAUGGGGAGGCGGGGGCAUCAUCGGUAGGGGUUGGGCCACCAAAAAAAGGUCAAGACUAAACAAAACCUUUGUUACAAGGUAGACUUGUGCAGUAGCCAACACUUUUUUAUGUCUAGGCAGACUUAAAAAAAAAUAAGUGGGCAAUAUGAUUCCCACCCAUCCCCUGUAUAUCUUACUUCCUCUAAUCCUCUUUUGUCCCAAAGUUAUCUUUGCAGGGUGAAAUAUCCAUCAUUAGUUUUGACACAAUGUUAAGAGGAGGAAACAAAUCCAUAUGUUACCCCUCCCUCCCCAACAAAGACACCUUUGCUCUUCUCCCUAUUAAGAAAGAACUUCCCUAGCUCCACAUCACUGGAAACAGUUGGCACCUCUCCGCUUUAGCCCUGAUCAAACCUCUCUCGUUUAAAUGGACUUGAUUACCAAUAUAUAUAAAUAUAUAUAUGUUUCUUUUGCACAUAACAGUCCCAGGAAACGUCAGAGUGUGUUUGGUUAUGUUAUUUUUCCUUGUCUUCAUUUACUUUUAGAACUUAUAGCAUUUAGUUACCCUCCCUGGGAGGCUAAAAUAUAAAAUGCACUUUUUUUAUAAAAGAAAUAAAGAUUUUUUUAAAAAAAGAGAGAAAGAAAAGGAAGCGAGAGAGUAAGAGAGAAAUCCUAUUAAAUUAUUGAGCGGCAGGCGGAGCAGCGGCGAGGAAAGUCACAGGUGGUUUGGCAAAUAAAUAAAUAAAUCUCAAAUUGAGGCGUAUGGUCCAAGCGUGAAGGACAAAUGCACUUUGAAAAAACAAAGGCUCCCCCUGUCUGAUCCUCCCCUGUUGGAGACAGAAGUGAUUGAAUAAGAAAUCUAUUUUAUUUUGCUUCGAAUCGCACUGCAGGGCUUGAAUCGUAGGGGUGCCAGCUUUUUAUACCAGUGCUGAGGGGUUUAUUCAUCAACCUUCCUCCCUGCCCCCAAAACCUCUCCCUUCCCUGAGGUUUCAGCCAAUCUACCUCCAUGUUGGGCAAGAUGGGUGGGUGGUCCAACACAUCCCCACCCAUUCUUACACUGCCUCCACCCCAGCUGAAAGGCCGCAUGCAACGUUCCCAUUGGGCUUUUAAAUGGCUCUUGCUACUUCUUUGCACACGCUUUCCCACGCCACGUGGCGGUACACUUUUUGCUGCACUAGUACUCUUGAUGCCCUGCCCUCCCUUCUAUUCUUUUCACUCUGGAGAAGCAAUGAGCCAGAAUCCCUGACUCUUCAGCGCUCCAGGAGAAUCAAGUAAGGGUCGAAUCCUUGUUUUGUUUUGUUUUGCAAAUCGCACUUAUUGAUAUAGAAGACAGGAAACAGUUAACAUUCACAAGGAGGUAGCAGCAUCCCUCUCACAACCAAGAAAUCUGCAGACUUCCUAACAUUAAGAGCUCUUGAGGUGACUAGCUCUGUGUAACCUAACUGAGGAAGGUGCCAAGUAUUUUACUCUCUGUUUAAAAAUCUUUCUCCUACAAUAUCCUAUGUCCUGUACAGCUUUAAAUCUUCAACCUGGCUGUAGCAUCAGUUGCAUUCAUGUUCAUGGGGAAAAUGGCAAACAUCUUUUAGCUGGUUCCUCUUUGGCAGGGACUGGGGGAGAGGAGGGGAAGAUGAGAGAGCAAUGUUUCCUUUAGAAAGAUCAUCCCUGCCAGAUCCAGUCUAGUUUCCCCUUUUCAAGAGCACUGGAUCAAGGAAAUGAUGUUCUAAUGCACUUCCUUACCAGUGUGGUAACAUCUGCCUGCUCUUAGCCUCAGGUUGUAGAACCUAGAUGGGAGGAAAUCAAGUUUCAGAUUCAGGCUGUCAUCCUUUUGGUUAGUCCCAACUAGAGUAGACCUGUUGAAUCAGUUGCUGAACUCAAUUGCUGAGUCAACUCAUGUAAGCCUCAUUGAUUCAAUGAGUCUACUCCAGGCAAGACUAACAGUAGGAUUUAGGCCUCAGUGAGUAAAACCACACACGGAAAACAAAAUCAAGAUUCUGGCCAAGCUGGCAAGAGAGAAGCACCCAAGUUUUCAUUCUUGAUUUCCUUGUUUUUGGUGAUAUAAGUUUUUUUUAAAAAGGUUUCUGCUUCUCUGGUUGCUUGAGCAGAAUCUCUGAUGCUCAGCCUAGUAGCUAGUGCCAUUUUGAGGAAGGGAGUUGUGGUCAACCAGGCCUUCAUCCCAUUCCCCAGAGUGACUACCAGAGAGUCCCCAUUGUCACAGCCACCAGAUCUGCCUUUUUACAGCUCUCUUGCCCCUAGUUGGCAGUGUGGCAGAGGUGUCUAGGGGGCCAGAUCUGGCACUGGAACCUCCACUUGUGAAUUCCUAAUCUAAAGAUUUGCCCAGUGAAAAUGUUUUUGAAGAAAAGAAAGACCAGCUUCCAACUUUCUUCUUCCUGUCUGUUUCACCUUUAAUGCAAACCAAACUGUGAUCACCUUAAUGCAAGUAUUUUGGCACUUAACAUUGUUAAUUGGUCAGACCUCCCGCCUGAGCCACUUCUGUUGUGAUAGCUCCAUCUUUCUGUCAAUCUGUUAGCCAGACUUCUUUUGCAACUGUAAUGUAAUAUUAUUAGGGGAGUGGGUAUUUUUUUAAAACUCACCCCUUCCCUUUCUUUUCUUUCGCUCCUCUUGUCACUUGGUUUCCGUUGGGAAAAAAACCCUUUACCUCUUACCUCAUUCAAGACGCCGUGGGAAACGUUACGUGAUGGGUUGGGUGCAUAUAAGAUGUACCAUUUGAAGGUUCAGGGGCCGGCGCAUGGAGAACACAGCUCCAAUUUAAGCUAAUAUACAUAAAUAUAUAUAUAAGUAUGUAUAAUUUUUUUUUAAUUAAGAAGAAAAAUCUUUGUACGGGUCUGUUCACAAAAAAGAAAAAAGAAAAAUCACACAAACGAAAUUGGGGUUGGAAGAAAAAGUAGUGGUUUUUUUGUUUUGUUUUUUAAUCACCUUUAACAACAUGGGAUUCAUGGGGGCAUUACUGCUAAGCUGGUAUUGAAUACAGCCUGGAGUCCCACAUACCAGCACAGCAUGUUUGGUUAUAUUCAGGGCUGUGCCUGUUGGCUGUUCAAUGGGAGCAUAGUAUUUGGUAUUGGAUACAUGUCUUGGUAGUCUCAUGAUUUUAAAAAGGGUGCAAAUUUCUAGCCCUUAUGUCUGCAUGAAAACCUGGCGAAAUCUCAAACCGGGAUUUCUAGCGGUUCAGAGUACAAGACUCCAGUGCAGAAGCUGAAUACAUUGUGCAAAAUAAGCACAGAUGUGCAGUUUUGCUUAAUGAUUUUGCUUUUCUUGAUGUGAGAUUUAGCUGUUUGUUGGUUUGUUUUUUAAGCGCAGAAUAUACACAGUCCUAGCUGUAUUCCCUUCAGCUGUCUCAACAGGGAAUUGCAGCUGCUCUCCUUUGAAAUUAUCUUGGGGUUAUGCAGUUACAGGAUUCUUGCCUGGAAGAUUCAAGUUAAUCUAUUGAAAUGUGUGUUUAUUCUUAUAAACACAAUUCUGGGGUUGCCUCUGGGGGUGGGUUUCCUGAGGGACAAAACACCUUAGCCUAGUUAACACCCUUGCAAUAAUUAUUUUAAAAGCAUCCAAAGAUGAAAGACUCCACAGCCUGGUUGGUCAACUUUCUAUCCUGGCAUUUUCUCCUUGUACUUAAAUGGUAACACAGAUUUCCUGUAUAUAUGUGCACACAUACACUAAGCCCCUAUAAACAAAUGUUCAGGCUUCUGUAUACUCACUUGAGCUUUUCCAGACAAAAAAACACUCAGAAGCACCCAGCUCACAGGGAUCACCUUAACUCUGUCCCUUCUUGCUGCAACACGAUUCGUUCUGUUCUUCCUUUAUUUUAGGCCUUCAUUUUUAAAGCCUGAUUUGACCCUAGCCUUCUAAUCCUGCAUGCUGUUUAUAAGCAAGCAUUGCAGAGAUAUUUUCACAGUUAAAACAUGUCCCUUCUUGUGUUAACACUAGCACUGUGUAAUGAUUUAAGAGAAAGAUGUGUGUGUGCGCGUGUGUAUGUGUGCGUUCACAUGCAUGUGUGUGUUUGUGCAUUCCAGAAUCUAUUUAUGCAACUUAGGCUGCAUACUAUCAAGCAAAACUCAUUGAAAUUAUUGGAUCUUUUGGUAAACAUGAAAGGCUUUGAUCCUCUUGUUCAUAGGCUUUGGAGGAAGACAUGGUCUCUUGAGCUGCUGAAUAAUGAACCGACGGAUCAUCAUCUGAACAUAUGAGGGUGACUUAAAGGAUCCAUCUAGCUCACAGUGGUUUGCUUUUCACAGCAGCCUUCCAGGUCCAAAUAAAAGUGUUUCCUAGCCUAGAUACCUGAAGGCAAACUAAAAGACAAUGCAGGAGACUCCAAAGAGUCUCCUUGCUGUUUGGGUUGCUGUUUUUACUGAUCAGAAUCAGGAAAAGGGCCGUAUUUUUAUUAAAAUCACACCCUUGGCCUUUUCAUCCAUGAGGGAAGGCAGAGGGUGCUUUACCUGGAUAUCCUGUAACUGGAAUUGCCAAGAACUUAGAACCUUACUCAUGCAAGGCAUCUCUCCUGAGCUGUAAACCUUCCCUGGAAAAGAAAAUUUUCCUUAGCCCCAAACAGGAGCCAUCAACUGAAUUAAGUAUAUUUCUUGAGCAGGUUUUAAAAGACUUCCUAAUGUAAUACACAAAAUUGCAAACCCAGAUCUCUCUUUUCAUGACACUAGACCCUUUCCCACAUUCAAUUAUCUUCAUGCACUAUGUCUGCUUUUCCACUAUGCAAGAAUCCCCUCCCCAGGAGAAAUCCCCCACUGCCCAUUCCUACUGUGGUUCUUUAGCCUUUCCCUGGCCUGUUUUAUCCAAAACCCACCAGUGAUAUUUUCUAGGUUGAUAAUCUCUUUCCACCAUAAUCCACCAGAAGAAAGGAAUGAAUGGAUUACCAAGUGUCAUCUGUCUCUCUCCAUGAUUGGGUCACAACACAAACAGUGGUUUCAGUGGGAUUACAUUUCUGUCUGUCAGAUGGAGCAACAGUCCAUGAAUUACACCAGGCAAUCCAUUGCUGAAUCCUACUCACAUCACCUGUUGCAUCCUUCCAUCUUCAUGCAUUUUGAUUUGAUUCAUAUUAAUAUAUAAAGCUGCCUUGUACUAAAUCAGGACUACUGGACCAUUUACUCCAGUACUGUCUGCUUUGCCUGUUGUCAGCAGUUCUCCAACGUCUUGGGCAGGAAUCUUGGCUACUUGAGACCAUUCCAUUGAAGAUGUUUCAAAUUGAACCUGGAACCUCCUCUACACACAGUUUGUGCUUUCCAAUGGCACUGUGCCUCUUUCCCCAGUUCAGUUCAAUCAGUUUGUGAUGCUGUAAUGGUCGAUGUUUUUAAUCCCAAACACUUAAACCUGCUCCAACAGUUUCCUAGAUGUCUCACAGAAGGUUGCUGUGAAACAUAAGCUCUUCAACCAAAUCACUGAAUGAAUUAUCUUAUUCUUUGCAUUUCAAAGAAUUUCCACAUGCCCCUAUAUAGAGCUUAGAAAUACACAGUUUUGUAUUCUGGGACUUGUUGUCCAAAAAGAACUUUUCCAAAACCCAGUCAAGAUGGUGCAAUACUACUGUUGGGUUUUAAAUGACAGAUAACCCAAAAUAUGAGCUUAUAUUUAUAUUGCGUUUAAGGGGGUGAAGGGCACACAACGUUCACUAACCCUAUCUACAUUCCACUGAUAAAGCUGAUUAUUAUUCCCAUACAUCCCCACUUCGAAUGUUAUUGUGUUGUUGGCAAAGACAUUUCUCCCAGGCAUUGAGCAAGAACAUUGCUUCUAGGUCUCAUUUAUAGUCACCACUGGAUGGCUACCACAUUAAAGGAUCACUUCCUUCAGUGAAUGGGCUGCUGCUAGUUUGAAUUUUAAUAUUUCCUCACGCAACCAGCAGCCAGUCAGCAAGUAAUCGUACAUGUAUGAAACACGCCUUGGAGAUGAAUGUAGUUUUAAAUAGUGUUGAAAGUGAUUUGAAGGUGAUUUUGCUUCUGAUGGUUAUGUACACAUAGUACACUCUCAUCCUAAUGUCACCUCUGGUAAAAAUGGUUUUGAAACAGUACAAAAAUGGGUUGAGCCUGAGGUAGAAAUACAUGUUUGUGGCAACUGCUGUGUUUAAUCAAUUGGAAAUCCAUAAAUGUUGCCCAGUUAGCUGUACUUAUAAAACAUGACUAUGACAAGCCCCAUCUUAAAAGAAUUGUAUGCCUUCAAGUAAUUUCCUAUUUAUGGUGACUGUAAGGCAAGCUGGUGUUGUGGGGUAGUUUGGGUGUUGGAUUACGAUCCUGGAGACUAGGGUUCGAUUCCCCACUUGGCCAUGGAAACCCACUUGCGUGAGUCACACAUUCCCAGCCUCAGAAAAACCCACAAUACUUUCACCUUAGGGUUGCCAUAAAUCAGAAAUGACUUGGAGGUACACAACAACAGUAAGGUGAAUGUGUCACAGGGAUUUUUUGGCACGAUUCAUUCAGAGGAGGUUUGCCGUUGCCCUUGAGGCUGCAAGUGUGAUUUGCCUAAGGUCACCAAUGGGUUUCCAUGGCCAAGCAAGAAUUCAAACCCUAUUUUCCAAGUCCUAGUCCAGCACUCAAACUAUCAAACAGUACUGGCUCUCUCAGAUGAGGCCACCUUCCUUUCCUUAUGGGAAAGAAAUAUCUUGCCUAACAGCCUGCUGUAGCAGAUGAGCUAUAUCUCUUUUUAAAAUGAACAAAAGAAAGUGAAACCAAAAAAAACGUAACACCCUGCAGACCGACAAAUGUAGCAUAAGCUUCCAUGGAGUGAAGUUAUGAAAUAUUUCACAAAUAACCACCGUCGUUGUGGUCGCUGCACAUAUAUAUGGGAUAUGUGCCUACACUGAACAGUGUUUGGGGGGUAUUUUCUGGAGCUUUUCUUGCAUUGCAAUCCCUGCAGUCAGUCAAGGUUUCCCUUGUUGGCUUCAGAAAGAGAAGAGUGCCUUUCCCCUCCAUAAUUUUUCAGCUGCCAUUUUAACAGCAACGUCAGAAUCCCUCACCAAGGUCUCCCCCACCCUUUUAUUGGGCUGUUCUUUUAGUUUGGUUUUGUUACUUUUAAACAAUUUUUUUUAUCCUCCAAAGAAAUUGAAAUUUCACUUAAAGUUUCAAUGGAAUACAAUUUUCAUGGUCAAUUCUAAUUUAUUAGAUGUGUUGGAGCUGUAUUAUGUCUUGGACAUCACAACCAGCGAUAAGUCUUUCAAAUCACCUUCAAUUCUCUGAUAAAGCUGAUCUUGUACAGCCUUGGUUUCUUACUACAUCUGAAGGGAAAUGUGAUCCAUUUGCACAUACUUGCAUUACAUUUAAAUAGGAGCUUUGUUGUCGUCAUGUGUUAGUUUUCCUGUGAUUUUUUAACAAAAUUACAAUGUUCUGAGUGUCCCAAGCUCUCUAUUUAGCUUGAGUGUACAGUAUAAGGUUGCCAGACUGAAAACUGGAGGAACUGCUCGUAUCUGUUGAAUUUCUCUCUUUUGCACAGCCAUUAGAGGUAUAAGAGCUGUCUCCAGCUUUGACUCUCUUAGCCUUAGAGUAUAACUAAAUUUUAUUCUCUGUCAUGCGCACAAUCACACAUCCUACCCUCUUUCUCACAAGUUCCAUUCUCUCUUUCAUACAUACACAUGCACACACAACACUUCCCUCCCUCACACCCUCAUCUACACAUGCACACCCCCAUAUAUCACUGUGGGAUUAAUCUUCAUCCUCACAAUUGCUCUUUUACCUGCAGCCUUACAAUUUUUCGCUACUCCAGCACACACACAAACACACACAGUUUAAUUCCGUGGAGGUUAGUAUCUCUUCUUGCUUUGAGGCCAAGGGAGAAAAAAAUAAUAAUGUCUACCUUACUGUUGGCAUGCAAGUUGAAACUCUGCCCCAACUUGAAAGACUGGGCAGAGCAGAGGAAUAUUAUUUAUUUGGCUGGCUAAAGGGUUCCAAAAGUUGUUUUAAAAAAAGAAUCGCUUUUCCCAACUCUACGACUGGCUAUAUCUGCCACUCUUUAAGCACCCGGGCAGUCUGAAGAAGCAUUGAAGGGAAAACAAUCUGCGUUAUCUGGUAUUCAGUCCAUCUUCUCUGGCCAAGCCUAAACCUGUAGUCUGUACAGAGAAGUGACAGUCUUUUUGCAUUAACAUGUCGCUGAUCUUAAAGUCCUCAUUUGGAAAACUUCUGCAAUCUUAGAUCCUUCCCUUGAUGUCCUAAAAUAUGUUAGUCCUCUUUUUUCUGCCAGUAAAGAUUGACCUGCUGCACAUAUCAAUUGUGCACUUUUCAUGGAAGUGUUACUUCAGAUGAGGGAAAAGGCUAUCUCCCCAUAAGCCCCAGACAUGGAACCAGAAUGGGCACUCUGGUGCCCAAAGGCUCUGUGAAUGGCCAGCAACUCACUACACAAACUUAUGUCUUUCUCCAAAGUGAGCUCAAUGUGACAUGCAGCUAUGUGGAAAUCAUUUGCCGCUGUGUACGGUGUGUGCCUAGAUCUGUCCAUACCUACUUGUGCACAUCAGCCAGGUGUCUGAGUGUGCAUUCGUUGUUCAUAAAUAUGAAUGUGCAGUGUUGUAAGUGUGCAGUGUUGAACAACUUGGGUGUGUGUUCAUCAACUUUGCGUGCGUCUGAUUGUGGGUGGGUGUGAUUGUGGUUGUGUAUUAAUUAGGGAGGCUGCAUGCCUGUUUAUAUUUUAAUUUCUUACUUAAGGUGUGAAAAUGUCUAGUUUAAAUUUAUUACUCUGUUAUGGAAACAGAUUCCAUAACUGCGUAAGAAUGCAUGCGGAGGGUGUAUGUGUACGUGCAUGCUUCUACCUGCACAUCUGUCCUGAUGCUCCUGUGCUUCUGUCCUUUGCAUAUUUGGGGCAGGGAUGUCUAGUCUCAUAAUUUGGGCCCCACACAUUUGCUACAUAUAUUGAUAGUGGCCAAAUCAUUGCAGCUACUGAGGCUAUACUCUGUUCUAGCUAUAUGCGUGGAGCUAAUGGGCUAAAGAUAAGGAUCUAUUCACAGAAGGGUCCCUUAACCUAUCACUCUCUAGUGUUAAACUACAACUUCCCGCAUUCUCCUCUCAGUAUUGUCAUUGGCCACAGUGAGUGAUGGGUAAUUCAGAUAGGAACCCAACACAUCUAGAAGGUACAAGUUAGGGAGGCUGGUCCAGUAAUCUCUAGCAGGGUUGAGAUGCACAGUUUGCCCUCCACAUUUGCGAUUUUGAUUAUUUGCAGAUUUGAUUAAUAUGUUCCCUGUGGGAAUCCCAAGGUCCUCCAGGGAUAUUCUGCUGGAAAUUGACCAUAGAGUUGCACUGGAAGAUUUAGAGAUUACUAGAGAAAACACCUCCUUAGGCAUUUUUAGGUCCUCCAGCAGGAUCUUAUGGUCAGCUUUUGAUGUUGGCCAUAGAAUUGCACUGGAGGACCUAGUCCUAGAAAGGUGGUCUCUUAAGUACAAAAAAAAGUAGUGUUUUUUUUAAUUUGCAUUUUUCUACUUUCACAGGGCUCCCAGCGAAUGCGGAGGGCCUACUGUACAUAAUUUAAGUGUUCACAAAUAUGGAUGUGGCACUGUUUUCAUGAGCCAGCCCAUUCUUUGUUGGAUUUGUGGACGUUUAGGUUCUUCUACCGCAAAGGCUGUUAGCACUAUUAUCCACAUCUACCUAAAACACUCCUGCCAGAUUUCUCUCACCUCUCUGCUCCCCUUUGCUCACUCCCUUGACAGGGGAUGAAGUAUCAGCCAUGCAAGCAGGCGCUAGCCCUACCCCAUCUUGACCCAUCUGCCCCCCACUACUUCUUUCUGGAGGCCUUAAUACUAUUCUUUAAGCAGCCAGCGGGGGCACACUUUCAUACACCUAGCAGUGUACAGCCUAUUCUGUAUUUGUACCUCUUGUAAAUAUUUUGUAAAUAGCCUGAGCGUGUGGAUAUAGAACUGAUCAGGAAAGCAUGAUUUGGCUUGUAUUUCGCUCUCACAUUGCAAAGCAUUUAAUGACACCUCUGCUUAUCAGGAAGGGAGAGGGAAAGGGUAUGAAUUCCUCAUUGCCUUAUACCAAAUAUUCAAGUCUCUUUAUAAAAUAAUGUAUUGCUCUCCUCAUUCUCGACUCAUCUCCCAAGCAUAUCCAUCUAUAUUCACUGGGAAACACAUCACUGGAGGAGAGAUGGCUUUUAAAGCCCUGAGGAAAAUAGCCAGGAUAGGUUCCAUCUUGGAGCAAAACACCUGAAAGGUGUACGUUUCUGCUUAGCAUCACUGAAUGGGAUGUUCUCCUAUUCGGUCUCGGUUGAGAUGAACAAUAGCUCUUUGUUCAUUUCUUUGGGACUUGUGAAGGACAACAUCUUGUUUGAUUUCACCUGUAGCAUAUGUAUAUAUGAACAUAGCUCUGUCAACUGUGUAUGGAAUGAAACAUGCACAGAUUCCCUAUGCAUACCAAGUGUAGACUCCCUGUGCCGUUUGCACAACCUCUUGCCACAACACACAUGCACAACCUGCUGCCUAUAAAUUCCUCCCAAGUUUCGGCUGAGAGAAAAGAGAUGCCAGACAUACAUUUUCUUGUGUCUCUGACUCCCUUAAAUCUCUCCCCACUUCUUAUGUGUUUGAUAGGUUUCUGUAUCAUUGUGGGGUUGGAACAGGCAUAUAAGGUGACCUGCUCCUUUGGACACAGGACCUCAGCAUAGUGUUGUACCUGCAAAUGUUGAACUCAUUCUGUUUGGGUUUCUCUGCUUCGUAACCUGGACUCAUCUGACCACCAUCAGUCCCUUGAGUAACUUGACCGCUUCAUCCAACCUUCUUCAUUCUCUUCCUUAACUAUAGGAGGCCUUGUGCCUCCAACCCCUGAGCUUUUACAGAUGGGAAAGUGAUUAACCAUUUUUGAGACCAGGCAAUUUUUGCCGGAAACCUGGUUGACACACAAUAGCAGGGUCUGGUUCAGUAGGGCUCAGAGAGAGGGCUUGGGUGCAAAUAAACUAUCAGAUUAUCACCUCAGCUAGAACAUUUCAUAUCACUUUAUAUUAAAUCUGUGGAACGAAGCCAAAUAUAGUUGAGGGAGUGCAACCAUGUGAUAUGGACAGUCGUGUGAACCAACUCUUUAAAGCAUCUAAUUCACACAGUUCUGCCCCAGAAAGGGGAAGAGGGAAAGCUAGAAACCCAUGACUCCCUCUCAAAGGUUACUCAGGUUAUGAGGCCAUGGCACCUUUGCCAAAGAAAACCUUUCCAUUCUGGGCACCUCCGCUGCAUCAGUGAUGUGCUACAAAUUGUGGGUCUACCUAUGCCCUGUCCCCUUAUUUUAAAACUUUAUGUAGGACCAACCUGAAGCUUUCUUCCCCUUCACAUACUCAUGCCUCUGGAAAAGAACCAGAUAGUGAGUCCUUCAAAAGCGGAAGGGACAGACGCCAUCCAUUGAGCUUGUACCAGGGAUGUAUGCAAAGUAUUCCUCUCCAAGGAGAGGGCUUGCUGACAUUAUUGUACAUCAGUUUUAUCCUAUAGAGGGCACUGUGAACCAUUUCAUUGAUGGCGGGGGCAAGGGGGCAUGUCUGUGUAUGUGUAUGUAUAUAUGUGUGUUUGCUGAGGUCCGUACCUUAAGUCAUCUUGAGAGAGAAAAAGAGGAAGAUCUCAGGGUGAAUCCCUCCCCAAAAACCCUGCCACCUCAGGUGUUAACGCUCACCCUUCAUGCCAAUUCUCUUCAUAUUUUGCCUUUUGGGGUCACAAUCCAGGGCAAGGAAAAGAGCAAAGAAGUGUGUCCUCCCCCCACCAUGCAUUUCCUUGUGGGUACCAAGUGGUAUUUCUCAGUUGGGUUGGUAUCCAACCUGUCUAGAGAAACAUAAGGUCUUUUCAGCCGGUAGCAGGAGAUCUUGUUCCUUUGGGGCAUGAUGCCUCAUCCCGCUGCUGCCACAUGGGGCACUUAAAUGACUGUGAUAAUUUAUGGGUAGGAGCCAGGGUUGGUUGGUCUCUCCCUCACUCCAGAGGCAUAGCUGGGGGAAGGCAACGAGGGAUGCUUUCCCUGCACCACUUCUCAGUAUUCCUUUGCCAAGUACAUACCUCAUAUAGUUUCCGCAGAUGGUACCCCACACUGAUCCAUGCUACACCUCCCUCACCUCACUGUAGUUCUGUAAGAGUAUCUUUACUCGAGGGGUUGCCAUUUUGGAUCCAAGAUUGGGUUUGGAGAAGAUGAGAAAGCUGUUCUCACACAUGUUGAGGAGCAAAGGAUGUUUCCAAUUAGGGAGCAACCCCAUAACUCACAUCCCUCUUCCUCCCGCCUCCAUAUACUAUGCAUUGUGGGUUUUUCCCCCCUCGCAGUCCAGAGCAGGGAAUGAAACUGUGAGCAGGGAGUUAGUGAAUGUAUGUUUGGGACACGGGGUUUUCAGUGUGUUAUAGAAAUGGGGGUGGGAUGCGGGUGCUCAGAGGGAAGCGAAUAAGUAACACCAGGUAGGAAAUGGUCUCCCUCCACCUCAUCCUUAUUCCCCUUUCCCUCCCCUUCCUUUUGUUUUCCUUUUUGUGUCUGGGAAGCAGGAAGCUGCUGAUGUAAAAAAAAAAAAUACGACAAUCACAAUUUGUCUGUGACGUGCGAUUUUGAAAAAAAAAUAUCCCUGAAAAUUCUGGGGUGAGGAAAAAAAAUAACCGUUUUUUGUGUUUUUGGUCAGGAUUUUAAAGAAAGAUAUUUUUAUGGUAAUUGUCGCUGGUCUAUUUUACUAUAUAUUUAUGUAAUAAAUAUAUGAUUAAAAAAACAAACAAACCUACCCUUAAAAAAAAGACAAAAAAAAUUACCAACCCUCACAGCCCCAA